AGUAAAAGAGAUACAAGAUUCUUGUUAUGAGUGUUGUUGAAUAUUGAAGAAGAAAAUAAAGAACUGUAGAAGAAAUAUGACUUUGGCUUGCGUGCCGUUAAUUCACAGUGAAGACAGACAGAGAGCUGUGUACUUCUAGAUUCCAAAAACGGCACGAUUGUCUAAGAAUCUCCGUUCAUGGGACUGAUUCGUCUCUGCAAAUUAAGCACCGCUUCCCUUCGAGGUCGCUUUUACUCACUCGAUCCGAUUGACCAAUGCGGCGUUCUCGUUUCGUUUCCCAAGUUUUCUCCGACGUUGCUUUCGCUGACACCUCCACUCUAUCUCUGUUCCAAUCUUCACCACCAUGUCUACUCGUGCUCCGGUGGACGAGGUGCGAGAAGUUUCUCCGAUCUUCCGUACAACAACGACGCAGGAAGAAGAGACAAGUUAGUUCGUUACUGAAGACUCGCAUUUUCAGUCAGUUCAUGACGCCAAUCUCCGAUUCCGGCAUGGUCAACAACCUCAGCCUCCGCUUGGUCAGCGGCAGCAACCACCCGUUCAAUCAGAAGAAUUACGGAUUUCGACCUCCGCCGCCGUCUCAAGGUCAGUGGCAACAAUUCCGUCAACCUAAUCAUCCUCCAUCCAAUCAAAGCUAUACGGCUUGCCUUCCCCCUCCGUUCUAUCAAAACCAGAUGUCUCCCCCGCGGAGCUUCCGUCAACGACCACGGUCAAAACCUUCAGAUUACCGUGAAUGGGAACAUGCUAAAACGCCGCUGCCUCCUGGGCCUGGCUCCGGUAAGUUUUGCUGAAAAAUUUGAUCAUCUCAUUGAACUUCACGCCAAUUUCUAUAUUUAUUUUUUUUCCUAAUUUGAUUCACUUUUUUGUUAUGUGCAGAAAAGUUUGUUGUUCUAUCGUAUAAUUAGGGAUGUUAAAAAUGGGUUUUACCCAGUUGGGUACCCAAAACCAGGAUAGAAUGGGCAGGACUCGUUUACACAAAAUCUUACACGGGUUUUAAAUGGGCAGGACCCGUUUACACAAACUCUUACACGGGUUUACCCUUCUGGGUUAUGGAUACCGAUCGGGUUUUUUUUUACUUCAUGUCAGUUAAUCAUAAGCCGACAAAUCAAAGUACAUAUGCUCUCUCUCAAAUUCGAGUGACAUUAAUUAUAAGCAUCAUAUAAUUUCUUUUUGUAUGAGGUUUUUGAUUCUCAUCAUCAAUCGUUUGACCUUUGAUCUGGGUUCUAAAAUUCUUAUUUUGUGGGCUGCCCUCUGUUUAUCAUGCUUAUUGACGAUGCUUGAGUUCGUCUCAUGAAGUUGGACUGUGGUGAAAAAAAAACACGAAAGAGGCAAUUUUAAUUUCGAGGUGGCUAUAAUUUUCUUAUUGCACAUAUUUGUUAAAGAUUAGUUUGAGUGGGGGAGGAGAAG